GUGCGGCAGCUGCCAAGGCAGCACAGGUGGCACCGGGGCGAAAAAACAUGGCAGCACCGGACAGCCCGGUGCGGUCGCCCCAAAACUCAGAGGACGCCCGACUCCGAGUCCUAGAAAUCAUCGCCGAAGACGUCGCGGCCGCCGACCUCCAGUGGUCCCUCUUUGUGGCCGCGCUGCGCUCGUACCGCUACGACACCGUGCUGCGACCGUUCCCGACGUCGUUCGCCGAUCAGGCGACGGACACGAAGCGCAUCGACGAGCUUCGCGACGUGGCUGCCAGGGUUCCUCCGCUCGGCGCCCUGUUGCCCGCGGGCUCCGCCGCCAAGUCGUCGACCUCGGCGGCGACAGGUCCGAAGGGAGUGCCCCGAGAGUCCUGGGAGCUUCUGCUAUGGGUGCUCACGUGCGGCGGCGUCCGCCUUAGGUCCCGAAAGAAGGAGGACGUGCCCGAACUGAAUGGCGACUCGGCCGUCGACGUUGUCUUCGAAGUCGAGCAUAGCCUGCAGGCCGACCGGCGUUUCGAAGGAACCCGCGGGGACCGCGAGGUCUUCUUCGCUUACCACGGUUCGCGGCUCGACAACUUCCACUCCAUCCUCCACAACGGCCUGCUGGCGCACAUGAACAAGAACGCGCUGUUCGGCUCCGGCACGUACUUGUCGAGUGAGCUGAGCGUCUCGGCCACCUUCAGUCCGGCCGGCUACGGCUGGCAGCACUCGCUCGUGAGCCCCGAGCUCUCCUGCGUGGCGAUGUGCGAGGUGAUCGACCAUCCGGACGUCAAGUGCCAGGACAGGGCCAGGAGCAAGCCCUCCAGGGCCUACGCCCGGGACUCGAUGGCGGGCAUGGUUCCGGAGAGGUACUACCUCGUGCAAAACGACUCCGUGGUUCGCGUCAAGUACCUGCUGGUGUACACCGCGACGCAGCCGGCGCCGCCGCCAGCGCCGGACAUCUUGCCGGCGGGCAUGGUGAUGAGGUCCGCGGACCGGGCCUACUACUCGCCCGGCUGGCAAGACUUUCUGCGCAAGAACAAGUCGUGGCUCAUGGUUGCCGCGUACGCGGCGUUGCUGUGCGGCAUCGGGCUGUCCAGCUCGCGCGUGGGUCACAACCUCAUGCUCAAGCUAUUCUAUCGGUGACGAAAAAAAGAACGAAAGCCUGACGCCGGCGGUCACGCAAUGUCCACAUCUGUGUCCGGCACCUGUCAACGAGGACCAAAAAUUAAGAUUGAAGGGCGUCCGGAGCUAACCUCGCGCUUAGAAGGGAGCGCGAGUUUCGAUGUUCCUAUAGGAGCUCAAGGGAACAGCUGAGAAAAAUCGACGUUGGAGGCAGAUACCCGAUCUCAAAUGUCAAUUUCCUCAUUUUUUUUUUCGCGCUGCACUAGUCGACAAUUAUUUUACGAGAGACACUUUGAGACUUCUGAUCAGUAUUACAAAUGUGCGACAGGGUGCGGCACUGAAAAUGCCGCUGUGAUAUAAAUUAAUGGUGCCAUCUGACGAUGCGGUGUCUUGGCCACUGCCACUGAUUCGCAUCUAUACAGUAUACAUAUAUAUAGUUCAUGAAGUGCCUUGUUGAGUGGCUGGGGGGCUGAACGUUAGCCUGAAAUUGAUAAACCAGCAUGUGUCCUCCUUUAUAAAGCUGUUUACUGCGCUGCAAGCGAAAGUUACAGUCGUUGGAGAGAGUGAAGUUGUACUUUGAUCUUGCUCAAAGGUUUCGCGUCUAGAUGUUGGCCCGUUCUUUUGCAAUCAAGCGAAAGUUGUCGUCGUUAGAGUUGUGCUCCGAAAUUGCUCAAAACGUUUGACGUCUAGAUGCCGCCACGUUAUGUUGGAAUUCUCCGUUUGCCCGUCAUGUUGAAUGUGGUACGUUUUGUAUACAACGACGUCCAAGUCGUCUCACAGCCCAUUCGCAUGUAUACACAAUCGUUUUAAGGCGUAAAUGCAGGUGGAACGCCGGACUAGACGUCAUUUUUAGUAUUUCCAUUAUUUGCCUACGCUUUUAAGGGAAUCUUGCAUCUCUCACACGUAUGGAUGCGCUUUUACUUUUUAAACGAUUAUUGCAACCUCGCUACCGAGCUACACCAUUGUGCUGAAUAUGCUUCAAUAUCUUCUCUUUCAUCUUCGCGGAAGCACUGCGAGUCUCGAAUUUACGAGCUUCUGCGCUUCGUGUCUGCAGUGCCACGAAUGGACGCCGUAAACUUAACAGCUGCUCCGCGCUGUUCGACGAGCCAUUUUAUAUACGCGUACGAAGUCUAAACAGCUUCCAUUGAAAAAGUCUCGCGACGCGGCUGCGCGGUAACAUUUUUCUUCCACGCCCUUUAGUUCGAAGCUCUGUCGUUGAAUACUACGUGCCAUUAAUUGCUCUGUAAAUAAAAACAAUGAAACAGAGAACUAAAUAAACUCCGUGUAUAUUUUGCUCGCUUUCGUAUGCCCCUUCUUCCGACUGUACCGUGUUAUUCAUUUAUUCAUCAUUAAUAUAGAUAGGCAUCGCGAAGUUGCAAAACUUGCAUGGAGAUGAGUAAUUAACACGUCAUUGGACGCAUGACAAUGACGCACGUCCACGUAUACGCGAGGUUAAUAUAGGAAAUAAUCGGAAAGAAAAACGCAACCAGAGAUUACCAACAAGUGAAACAUGUACUGCUCAAGAAUAAUUAAGAUUUCUAAGAAUAAAAGUUGCGGACCAUUAAAGAUGGUUAGAGCAUAAAAAGAGGAGCCUUGGACAAAUACACAGGUACAUGCGUAGCCAACAGCAUAGCCAGCAAAGCGCAGACUACUUACCUUGAGUAAGGCGAAAU